AUGAGGCAGUUCAUGACUCCCGCCUUCCACUUCGCCCUCCAAGUUCCCAGGGAGGGCACUGAACCAGCCUGCUGCCCCGCGGUGGAGGCGCUGCUGGCCCUGCUGAUCCUCGUCUGCGGCCCCGUGUCCCGCGGCGCCGUGGGCGGCUACGCCGGCGUCCCCAGCCCGGGCGGCGCCUACUGCUAGCAGCACGGCGGGGCGCACAGCGGCUUCGGCGGGGCGGGCGGGGAGCGGGCCCGGCGGCUGGACGGGCAGCUCCGCCUGCGGCAGCUGCCGGCGGCGAGGGCAGCCAUGGCCGGGGGGGGGGGGGCGCUCGCGGCCUCCUCCUGCCUCGCCCUGCGGCUGCCGGGGCGGUGCCCGCCUUGGCCGCUGCUCGAGUGCGGCCUGGACGCGGCGGUGGCGGUGGCGGUGGCGGUGGCGCUGCCCGCUCCGUUCUGCUUCUUCCGCGAGCUGCAGGCGGUUUAUAGCUCGCCCGUGUGGGCGAGAGACAGGGAGCACCUGCACCAAAGCAAAGGCUACCAGGGCUUCAGGUGCGGCCUGCACGGGGCGGAGAGAGCUGCCGUGGCACAGCUGCUCGGCGCGGGCCUCGCCGUCCAGGGGUACAGAACAGGCUGCAACAAGCCAGCGCAAACGUGUGAGCACUAGAACGGAGCUCUGACACCGGCCUUUGUAACGACCGAUGUGCCACCCCCGUGCUGAGAUGGAGCAGCUCGCUUUUCCUCGCCUGCGGGGAGCGCACGCUCCGACAGGGAACAGCUUCAGAUGAAGUAGAGCCGUGCUGUUCUUAACUUGAAUUUGCAUGGUUAAAUCAUUAGUGGACAGAUAAUUAGUCCCAUGGAUUGUCCUCAUCUGGUGGCUGUCUCUCGGUAGGAAUGACUCCGCCCGUAGUUGACUCCAGCAAGCUGCCUGCUCCGCAAGCUGCGCUCCCUUCCCUCCCCCUACGCGGGAUGUCCUGUUCUGCUCCAGCGAGGUCUGUCUCGCUACGUGUUGCUGGCAAGACACCCUCCACAAUGAAACAGGAAUUAAUAGAUUCAGCUAAUGAAUAGAUAUGACAGAUAAAUAUAAGAGGGAUCCGAUGUGCAUCUCUUUUCUCACCAUUACAUAUUUGAAUGGUUUGUUCUUAUGAUGAGUACACGCAGCCUGAUC